AUGACAAAUUUCAGUUUCAGAAUAGCCAUGGAAAAUGGAUAUGAAGAGGACAUAAAAAAAUCAGUCUCCAAGCUCACGUACCGGGUGCCGCGCACAUUCAACCAGCUGGAGAAGCUCGGCCAAGGUUUGGAGAAGUAUGGCCAAGGUCUGAAAUUGGGGCCAACACUGGACAAACAUCACUCCGUUCUGGACAGAGUGUCGUACGAAAGUGAGAGGAAUAGACUGAGCCAGAGUCAGAGUGAAGCAUCAUCGAGGAGGAACAGCGAUGAUGGGAGAAGGAAGGGGGGGUACAGAGAUGGCACGUGCUCGGAGCCCCCCACAGCCGGGGUGGCGCACGACAGCGUGUGGCAUGCCCUGGACAGCUCCACCUCCACCACGCGCACCGAGCUGAGUCUCUCCGACACGCAAGAUGACCUUAGCACCCAACGCCGCCGGAGCCACGAAUCAGCGUUACCGGCCACGCCCCUGCACACCCGGGUGCCGUGGAAGUCGGCGGACAGCAUCAACGCUGACGCCGCCUUCGGGACCUCCCUGGCUGACAUCAUGGAAAGUCCUGCUAAUAAGAUCCAUCUUCGUGACGACAUCAAGUCCAUCCAUUCGGACAGUUCCGAAGACCGGAGACUCUCCCGAGGCUGGCGUUUCGUGAGGAAUGUGACCUCGGCUGCUGGAGCGUUCUCCCCCAAAUUUAAGGAGGCGCCUACGGCUCCAGCCUUGCCAGGGACGCCACUGCCCAGCUUUCAGUCCAAAUCAGAAAGCAAGUCGUCGGACUACCCACAAAAAGACGACAGGAAACCUUCACUGCCGCGUUACCCAGACGAGAAAGAUGAAAACAUUGGCGAGACCAAUCCUGAGGGUCUCGAACCUGAAUCCUUGAUGUUUCGUGACGGCAGACGACGCAUAGACAUGGUGUUGGCUUACGAAGAGGAAGACUACGGGGUUAUGACUGAGGCUGAGGCCAAGAAGAGAGACCACAGGAGGACGUUUCAGGAGAGCCUAAUCAAAGAGGGUUUAGAACUGGAACUAGAGAACAAAUGCUUGUCUUUCGACGAGAAGACCUGGUUCCUGAAGAUCCACAUACCCUGGAAGACGGAGAUGAGGCUGGCUGAGGUGAUCGGCAUGAAACUACCCACGAAGAGGUUCAUCACCAUUUCUGUCAGAGCUUGGAGCGACGAAAAACAAGCAGAGAGAGACAAACGAUGGCAUUCAAAAUGGCGGCGGCGAUGGAAACAGCUGUACGAGUAUGAACAUAGCAGGAUCGAACCCGAACCAUCUUUCUAUACUGCCACCGACCAGAGAGGAGUCAGGAGGGAAGAACAGUUUUUGGUCAAAGACAGACAUACUCAGUUCUCGCCAGCACAAAGAAGUCUUCUAGUCAUGCAGAUCUUGCUGAGAGCACGAUACGAUAAUACUGAAACCAAGAUGGGAAUCCGUCGACUCCUCAAUGACGGGACUUACUUGGCCUGCUUCCCUCUCCACGAGGGGAGAUACGAUGUGGACCUCUCUGACGGAACAGUUACUGAUAGAAGGCUCCUCUAUUUAGAAUGGGCUCGUCCCUCCAAGUGGUACAAGAAGCAGCCCCUAUGGCUCAUUCGGCGGUAUUUCGGAGACAAGAUCGGGUUAUAUUUCUGCUGGCUGGGGUUCUACACGAAAAUGCUGUACGCCCCCGCCAUCGUCGGCACCCUGUGCUUCUUGUAUGGAUUGGCUAGCAUGGAAUCUGAGGAUAAUAUACCGAGCAAGGAGAUCUGUGACCUCCGCGGGCCGGGCAACACGACUCUGUGCCCGCUCUGCGACAAAGCCUGCCAGUACCAGAGCCUCUCCGACUCCUGUCUCUUCGCCAAACUAACGUACCUCUUCGAUAACCCAGCCACUGUGUUCUUUGCUAUCUUCAUGUCGUUUUGGGCGACAACAUUUCUGGAGCUUUGGAAACGGAAGCAAUCUAUUCUCAGGUGGGAGUGGGACUUGGGCGGUGUGGAUCAGGAUGAAGAUCCCCGGCCGGAGUUCGAGACAUCAGUGAAGACAUUCAGAACCAACCCGGUGACGAGAGAGAAGGAGCCCUACCUGCCCGCCUGGCAGAAGACUAUGCGAUACGUGGCUACCAGCUCAGCUGUUCUGUUCAUGAUCACGAUCGUGAUGGGCGCCGUGCUGGGCACCAUCAUUUACAGGAUCUCCAUGGUGUCAGUCAUCUACGGCGGCAGCGGCUUCUUCUUGAAGAGACACGCCAAAAUCUUCACGUCCAUGACAGCUGCGCUCAUCAACUUGACAAUCAUUAUGAUUUUGACCAGGAUAUACGCAAAAGUGGCGGUGUACCUGACCAACAUGGAGAACCCUCGGACUCAGACGGAGUACGAGGACUCGUACACCUUCAAGAUCUUCUUCUUUGAGUUCAUGAACUUCUACUCUUCACUCAUCUACAUCGCGUUCUUUAAGGGUCGUUUCUACGACUACCCGGGGGACGACCAAGCCCGCAAGUCGGAGUUCUUCAAGCUGAAAGGCGACAUCUGCGACCCCGCCGGCUGCCUGUCGGAGCUGUGCAUCCAGCUGGCCAUCAUCAUGAUCGGAAAGCAGAGCUUCAACAACUUCAUGGAGCUCGGAUACCCAAAGUUCUACAACUGGUGGCGGCAGCGCUCCCACCGCGCCGUGACCCGCGACCUCAGCAAGCCGCACAUGGCGUGGGAGCGCGACUACCACCUGCAGGACCCCGGCCGCCUGGCGCUGUUCGACGAGUACCUGGAGAUGAUCCUCCAAUACGGAUUCGUGACACUAUUCGUGGCGGCUUUCCCUUUAGCACCAUUGUUCGCGCUCCUGAACAACAUCGCGGAGAUAAGACUGGACGCUUACAAGAUGGUGACGCAAGCACGACGCCCAUUGGCUGAGAGGGUUGAAGAUAUUGGCGCUUGGUACGGCAUCUUACGAGGCAUCACAUACGCCGCUGUGGUUUCCAAUGCGUUCGUGAUAGCGUACACUAGCGACUUCAUUCCACGCAUGGUGUACAAAUAUGUCUACUCCCCGGACAAUACCCUGGCUGGGUACAUCGACCACUCAUUGUCGUUGUUCAACACAUCGGAUUAUCGCGAAGACUGGGGCGCGGACGAGAACGAGGUGGACCCGCCCACGUGCGCGUACCGCGGGUACCGCAACCCACCAGACCAUAAUGACCCCUACGGUCUAUCACCACACUACUGGCACGUGUUCGCGGCUAGACUGGCCUUUGUCGUUGUUUUUGAGCACGUAGUGUUCGGCCUAACUGGUCUGAUGCAGCUGUUCAUACCGGACGUACCAAGCGAGCUUCGUACUCAGAUGCAAAGAGAGGCUCUGCUAGCUAAAGAGGCUAAAUACGAGCAUGGGAGGAGAAGACUGUCCACUGAGUAUAGACAACUGAUCACGCAGAAGAGUGAAAAUGCUGGAGAAAGACAACCAGGCCCUUGGCUGCGUCGCACGUCAAGGGCGUCAGACGGCCUCGACGCCCACGUGGCGGUCUCUCAACGGCCGUCCUCACCUCAAAUCACCCACUGAUAGCGACAUCUAUCCGUUGCGCACGGAACUACUAGAGUUUGGAACAGAUGGCGUUGUAAAUAAUUACCAAUACGUAACAAUAGAUGGCGGUGUAAAGAAUUAAAUUUACUUGGAAAGUACCGUCUUUUAAGGUAAAUAGUAAGUCCCUUGGGAUGCUGUUGGAAAUGAAACCAUUUUUUUGGUUACUUUUAUGACGCUUAGUAUCGAAUCUCAUAUAUAUGUAGAUGUAAGUAAAGUUAUUUAUUCUUUACCUAAGGAAAUAGUGAUUGACGUUAUUUUAACGCACAACUGAAAUUAUUCUGGAAUUUGACGUGAUUCCAAAAGAAAAAAAAUCCCGAGCAAAACCUAAUCUCAGAUAUAUCCAGGUUAUUUUUAGUUAUUUAACAUUAUUUAACGCACUCGUCAAAAUAGGUUAAGAAUAUAAUUAUUGUAUGUUCAAUUUCUACACAUACUUAUAAGUUUGCAAUAUUAUAAAAUACCAUAUACAUAUAGGUAAGUAGUAUUCAGAACUAUAUUUUUAUAGUAACUACGUAAAUGGCCUCUGUCUACCACGGAUGUGAUAUGAAUAUUAUGUUAAAAGGAACGUUAAGGGAAAGGCCUAGGCGAGCAUGUUCUGAGAAAGUUUAGAGAAAUAAAUUCUUUAAACCUUUGUAUAAAUUAAUCUUUGGGACGUUCUGGUAAAAAAAUUCAAAAAAUUUCAUUCUUGUAUGUGGAAAUAGGCCCUGCCUAUCCCCUUUGGGAAAGAGGCGUUAUUAUAUGUAAGUAAAUAAAUUAAUAUCCGCCGAAUAGCUAAAUCUCUCUUGAUUUGUGGUACGUAAAUUUAUUGGUAGGUAAGUAUUUGUAAUUUUCUCAAGAGUUAGUAAGGUCCAAAGGUAAGUGUAUUAUAAUAGGUAGGUAAUUGAUAAAAAAUACAUAAUAUCAAUCAUUUAAUUCUAGAGAAUAAAGAAGCCCGGGUCCGUCUUGUAACUAUGAUCCUAGAUUGUAAAGAAUUAACAAUACGCAACAGCAGAGAGUCAGAUUUUCACACGAAGCGACUCCGCAACCUUUGCAAGGAAACAUAACCCUUAUUAGAUACAUAUACAUACAUAUGAUCACGUCUAUAUCAAUUGCGGGGUAGACAGAGCCAACAGUCUUGUUAAUACUGACAGGCCACGUUCAGCUAUUUGGCUUUAAGAUAGAAUUGAGAUUCAAAUAGUGACAGGUUGCUAACCCAUCGCCUAAAAGAAGAAUCCCAAGUUUAUAAGCCUACCCCUUAGUCGCCUUUUACGACAUCCAUGGGAAAGAGAUGGAGUGGUCCCAUUCUUUUUUGUAUUGGUGCCGGAAACCACACGGCACCCUUAUUAGAUCAUGGUUUAAAAAUUAAAUAAGUAGGUAGUCCUAAUUUCCGAGAUCAAAUUGUAAAAAUGAAGGUCAGUGGGAUACCUAAGGCUGAUAAAAGUAUGUUUAUUUGUAAGUAAAGAGUGUGAAUUUUGU